GAUCCAGCUCCAGCAGCUCCAGCAGCUUCAGUAGCUUCAGCAGCUUCAGCAGCUCCAGCAGUUCCAGCAGCUCCAGCAGUUGCAGCAGCUCCAGCAGUUUCUGCUCCCUUAAUCAGUUCAGAGAAAACAACAGCCACAAUAACAAAGACAAUUGUGAGCUCCGACGCAGUGGUUGUUCCUGAAACCCCUGCGGUGAGAAGAGUGGACGAAGGAAAGAAGGAUGCUCCACAGCCGGAGAUCAACAAGAAUUGA